AUGUGCUAUCUCGAAACUGAGGGAACAAAACAUGGUUGCGGACACUACGUGAUUUCGAAGAAGCUUAUGAAACACGACUGCGGCAAUCGCUACUGCCGGAACUCGGCCGCACACCCGCCAAACUGUCCCGACUGCCAAUGCGACCUGUACUACGGACCCGAUCGCAAGGAGACCAUCACGCGGACGGUCACAGACUACUGCGCCCACUGCGCGUAUUGGUUCAAGGGCGGUGCCCAAGCAGCUCGCCGCGCCCAGCAGUGA